GACUUUUUCGUCAAACAAAGAGGACAUGUAUUCGGUCCCGGAUUGUGACUAGGAAAGGACUCAUUUUCGCACUAAAGUCGAGAUUGUGACAAAUUCUAUAAUUUGGAUUAGAUAGUUCUUAGACAGGUCGUACUCACGAUGCCCGGUGGUGACAAGGAGUCCGACAGUAACUUGGUCAGUCUUGACGACAUCGUGAAGAAAUUCGUCAAAAGCGACGAAAUGGAAGACAUGGAUAAGAAACUAAAAACCAUUCAGAAAAAAAAUCUUGACGUAAAGGUUCUUUGGGAUGAAGUGACAUGUGAUUCCGAGGACGCGGGCUUUCCUAAACUGGAGGAUGAUAUCAAAAGUUCUGCCAACCGGCGGAUGUUACACACGCAGACAUUCACGAAUAACACGAGUACAAACCAGGUUUACUCAUAUAAAACUUCCAGCAGGAAGAUGUCUUCUUGUGAGAGAUCAUACCAAGAAGGCUGUACGAUGGGUAAAGGUAUUGGCGUCACCCUGAAAGUUCCUUCGGAGGUGUUAGAGGUGAAUAUGGACCUCCGCCAGGAGUUGUCGCUCAUGGAGACUGAGAGUUUCAAUAAGGAGGACGAGAUAAGCUGGGAAGUUGAAAGCCAGAUCACGGUGCCGUCCAAGCAUCUCACUAUCGCCGAAUUAACCGUCAGUGAAAAACAAUACUGUGUUCAUUUCGUAAUUGAAUCAAUUCUAAAAGGUGAUGUGAUUGUCGACUAUAAGAAUCUGGCAACUGGCGAGGUUUUUAGUAGCAGUUAUAUCAACAUUGCUACUAUUGUUAAAUAUGCUUUAGGGAAGAAGCUGUUGAAGGCGGAACAGUUCCAGGUGGUUGGGGAAGAGGAUGCGGUCAGGACUCGCUUUAAGGGGACGUGUACUUUUAGUAAAGGGGUCGGUGAUAUUAAACUGACGGAGAAAUCUUUAGUGAGUGAUGGACAACAGGUAUCCGCAGCAUCAAGUAACAAUUCGUCACAACCAUCAUAAUCAUGGCCGUCAGAUCUUGAACUAUCAACAGUUGCUUGUGGUCAUUUCGUCCCUUGAUAUGUCCGGACUAAUUAGUAUACCAGCCGAACGGUGACCUUCAUAAGAUGGGUCUCUUGCCUCUUGGCCGAGUUUCAUAGAUCGUGACACGAAGGGGAUCGGCUUUGAUAGUGGAAACUGUGAUCUGGCAGUCGUUUGCUCGAUAACUACAUGUACACCUGUUUGCGUCUAAGCAUUCUAUAGCGUCAGGACAGUGAACCAUGCAUGUUAUCUUUAUGCACUGUCCUAAAGUACAGACUGGCUACGGAAACUUGAAUCUUACCCAAAAAGCAAGUAAAGCAAGAUACAUUUAAUGUUUUAUUACAAAAUUUUACAAUGCGUUAUUAAAUAGGCACCAGAUUAUAUAUCCAGAUUACAUAUCUUCAAUGAUCAAUCUCAUAUGCCUGUGGUGAUUACUUUCUUCACAAAGGUAACUCAACACAUGCAAAUGUAAUGACUUAUUAAUUGAAACAUAUCAAAUGAAGUUGCUGUACUUAAACGACGAUAGAAGAGUGGUGAAUUAUCCAUUAUCCAUUACAAGUUCACAAAAGGGAUCAUUUUCAAAUAGUGUUGUACAUAAUCAUAGUUUCAAGUCAUUGCCAGAAUUGUCAACUGAGAUGUCGGUAGUCACUGAAGAUAGGUUAUCAAGAUUAACCACAUACAUGUAUAUCCAAUCGGCAUACAUGUAUAUCCAAUCGGCGUUCUGUCAAAACUUUUUCUUUACACAACUCCUCCAGUUUAGGCCCAUAGGUUCGCUGCUUUUCAGAAAUAAUGUGAUCACAGUUCUGUUCCAACGGUCUUGUUUGACCUAAAAUGAAAAAUUGAAGAAUGUAAAAAGCUUGAUACAUUCACAUUAAGUGAUCUGACCAUUGGCCUGUCUAUCUCAGUCUUACCAGAAUGUUUAAUUAAAUGGAGUGUCAUCGGUUUUACCAAACAAACUUUUAAAUGCAAGGUAUAUCGACAUGCUUUAAGCAUCCAAUGCACAAACACACCGAUUUGACGUGUUAGAUAAUCCUCAUACCAGUGAUUUUCAAUAGUCCGCUCUCGAUAUGACGUAUAUGAAUGAAAAACCCUUGAAUCUCAGGAUGCUGAUAGAUUAAAAAGAUGGUAAAGGAGUCAGUCCAUGAGAUAUAAUAGGGAGGUUCUGCAACUGUACGUACUACGAAGUACAUUGUGUAGGGGAACAACCAAAUCCGAGAUUUCAAAGCAGUCACGUUUAAAUAUAAAUAUCUGACGUCAUAAGAACAUGCUGUAGUGCGUACAUGUACAGCGUUAUAUAAAGCAGUUGCUUAACCUCUCUAAUAAACAUUUAUAUCACUCCCCACCUCAUAUGUCGACUUCUUAGGUUGUAAGGCAAGAGGUUCUUGUAGUUCGAACACUGUUUUAUAUGUUACCAUGUUGUUACUACGGUCCAGGGCAUCUACCAUCACAGAAAAGGUUCUGAAAUGUAGAUUGCACAGAAAAACUAUGAGUAUUAUCGAUAUCACCGAUUGGUAUGUAUAUCUUUUGUAAAAUGCGACAAUGAUCGUGUAUGGAAAGCAACAGAGGGGCCAUGCAUAUUCUCACAGUAGCGGGUCUGAUUUCAGUAACCAUAUCAUGAUGACAUCUUGUUGGUCUUGCGCACAGAUUUGCCGCGCGAGAGGCAGGCUUCAAGACCGUCAACGGCCCGGAGUAGAUGCGCACCAAAGAACUUUCUCUUAUCGUAUAUUUACCUUUCCUGAAUCUCAAUUUUUGGUUCUUCAUCACUCUUCUUCCUGUUAGUACAACAGUUCGCGCUGGGUCCUUGUGGCACGUACAGCACAACCUUCAGAUCGAUCCCUGGAGAGUCUUCUUUAUGCAGGUUAACUGAAAUGAAAGAGCAGCUACUAUCAAAACGUCUGCACAUGUAGUGGUGGCAUCAUUCCAAUUAACCGAACCUGGAAGAAAUUUCCCUUUCGUACAAUCUGUACAUGAGAGUGAUGGCCAUGCAAACCGAAGAUAUUGAGCCGCACCGUUAUGUAGUUCGAUCUACAGAUCAGAAGAGCCACAAGCAGUGUUGGCAAUGCUGCUAUUUUGACAACCUCCCCGAGAUCACCCAAAAUAGGCCGACAAUGUUGCUCCCGGAUGAGACAUAAAAGCAAAUCUAUUUGCAUCAGCGGCGGACAAUUUAGAAUAAAAUUGCAUUCAACAA